AGCUCAGCAAGUUGCCUGCCGAAGUGUGGGCCCAUCUCUUCGCAGGUCUUAGCAACUUGCGGAAGCUGAACCUGAGGUCCAACAAACUCGGCGAGUUGCCUUCUGAAGUCUGGUCCAAAUCGUUUGCAUGGCUCAGCCACUUGCAGGAGCUUUACUUGGGCGGAAACGAUCUCAGCAAGUUGCAUGCUGAAGCCUUUUCCACGCUGGGAAACCUGCAAAAACUUGUCCUCGAUAGGUGCAGGCUGAAUGAGUUGCCUGUUGAAGUCUGGGAUCAUCUGUUUGCAGGGCUCGACAACUUGAGGUUGCUCAACCUGGGGUACAACAAACUCGGCGAAUUACCCGCUGAAGUCUGGGCCAAUAUGCUGUCAGAACUCGGCCAGCUGCAGGACCUUUGGCUGUGGGGCAAUGGUCUCAGCGAGCUGCCCGCAAUUUGUUCGGAUAUAACGUGUUUCAACCGGUGAGAUGGUCAACUGAGAUGUCCGGCUAUGCGGAUGAAGGAUGC